AUGGCCUCCCCCGACCUGCUCUUCAAUCUGUGGAACCUCUUCUACCUGGGCGCCUACCAGGCAGCCAUUAACAACAUCGACAUCCCGGGCCUCGACGCCGACGCCGCCGCUGAGCGCGAUGCCAUCGUCUUCUGCUCCUACAUCGCCCUCGGCUCCUACCAGGUGCGAACACAUUGGGCGUCAGGCGCCUCACCGCUAGCUCGCCGCACCGCUACCUCGCUGCAGGCCGUGAAGCUGCUCGCUCUGUACCUCACUGGAGACAAGUUUUUCACCAUCUGCAAGAGUGGCUCCCUUCAAGUGCGCUUCUGCAGCAGCCUGUUGCUUCAGCCCUUCUUUGCGUACAAAAUGCAUCCAGACUUUAUCCUCAACUUGCAACCGAGCCCUCCAAGGAAUGGUUUAGUCUAUACAUGA